UUUCACUCCUUAUUAGUUUCUCAAAACGUCUAAUCCCUCUAAAUUUACCGCUAAUUUAUCGCUCAGAUAGACUACGUGGAGUGGUUUCAUGUUUUGAUCGAAUUAGAUCCACAGCCAAAACUGAAAGACUGAAACCAAUAAAGCUUACCCAAAUCUAAAUUGAACGAUAUUAGUUUCGUGUUUUUGGUGGGCAAAACUUACUUUGAAAGGACUUGUCGGGCAUAAAUACAUUCCUUUCUUGGUACCUGGCAGUCAAUAAAUUCAAUUCUCCAGCCCUUUUAUUUUCCUGACUGCCGCAAGUUUAAACUCGCUUCUUUAAUCUUUCGGCUAAAAUUCCUAGAAAAUUUGGACAAAUUUCAGUGGAAGCUUGAGAAAUAUUGAAACUUUCUCUUCUUUUUCAGUGAAGAUAACGCACUGUUUUAAAUCAAUCAAAAAACGAUUAGUUUUUCAAACAAUUAUCAAUUAAAACUUUUUACUAAGCCAAUUGACUUCUUUUUCUCAUAAUCUCAUUAACAACUCCAACGACAGGACAAAUAAUUGUUCGAUUAAUCAUCCACAUUUGUGACAUUUUCUUGACAAUUACCUCUGAGAAAGUAGUAAUAAAAAACAAACAUACCAGCUGCACCAAACCGUGUUUGACUAAAUAACUUCAGUUUUCAAUUGAAGUUUCAAAGCAAUAAAAGUAAAAAACUUACCAAAUUUGUACAAAGCUACGCGUCAGAUACUGGCUGUCGUAACUAUUCUUGUUACAAAGCACAUAUACGCUUGUUUUGUCUUGGCGAGUCGGUUGGCUCAAAUGAAAAUACGUAGGAUGGAGUUAAGCCUCACUUAUUUGGUCAUUACCUGUUUGUUAAUUAGCUUACCAUUUACUCGUUGCUCGAAGCUAUCUUUGGAAAGUGAAUUUGGAGACCAUUCGUACGUUAAGCCCCAAUGUCUCCUAGAAAGAAGAGAUAUUACCAAGUUUUAUCUUUUCAAAGCGAAUGCAGCGCCCAUAGUCGUCAAAGGCCGAGCUAAUUUCUCCAAUCCUGAAAAUACGAAUGAAUUCGUAAUUUACGACCACGAGUUUUAUAAAGGUCACCAACAAUUUCACCCCAAAAUUAGUUCAGAUGUUGAGUUGAAAGUUGACCUUUUGCAUUCUCCGUGUAUUGAAUUGCAAAGGUUUAAAAGGUUUCGACCAAGUAGCAAGUUUAUCUUUUAUCUGGAUGUGUCGGCCCAAAGUGAGGAAGAUGACUCUCUCUUUUUCUUCUAUGCUGAGCCGGAUGUUUAUAAGAAGAAGAUAGAGAAGACGAUGAAGGAGGAGGUGUUCUGCAGAGAUUGUUACGCAGCGGCGCCCUACCUUCCUCGACCUUGGAAAUCGACCUACUACUUGUAUGAAGGGGAGAGUUUGACAUUGAAUUGCAAGUUCAAGGGCACACCCCUGCCUGUCAACUCUAUUUCGGUCAACGGGACAGUGCUGCCCCCUGGAUAUCAGGACCACACCCUUUCAAUCAGCAGCAGAGGACGGAGACUGAUUCUGUCCCUCCACAAUGUGCGGCCACAAGACGCGGGAACAUACACAUGUGUGGGCUCCAAUUUCCUAGACAGAGAUGAUGCCAUGCAAACUCACAUUUUCAUCACAGCCGAUGUUGUGACGGAGAAGCCCAUUAAGCCGAGCAGCUCGGAAGGGGUGACAGGACAGAACAGACCUUCUUCUACUUCAACCCCCUCGGGGGGCUCCGGGGGGUCAUCCUCCUCGUGGGGAGGGGGGAGUGGGAGUAGUAGUGCUAGUAGUGGGGGUGGGUCAACUGUGUCCAUAUACGACGGCAACUGUCCCCCAGAGUACAGAGGCUUCUGUCUGAACGAAGCCACUUGCUUCUACAUUCCUCAGAGCAAGAUCAUCGGUUGCACGUGUAAAGGUCAUUAUGAAGGGGAGAGAUGUGAAGAGUAUGUGCCACGAGCAGAGUACACAAAACAAAAGCCAGUUGAGAUCCGGAACAACAAGUUCUGGACCAUCACCACCUUCAUUUUGCUCACUGCCGCCCUGUUGUCCACAUUGCUCUAUGCUGCCAGACUGUACUUCAGAGCAAAGCGCUUCAAGCGCAAGUACAAUGACCAGUUGGCCGUCACUCCCGCCAUCCCAUUCGACUACGACAUCCCCCCUGUUCCCAAGAGGUACUCGGACAUUCGAGAGGUCAGCUACAAGGAUCUGGACAAUUAUGAGAUGAGGCCACGUGGUGCCUUCUACACGCCUGCAGCCAAGACUCUCAGUCCUUUCAACCCACUCAGAGAUCUAACAGGUCCACCCACAACAGAUGUUCCAGUGCGCAACUAUCCGGCAGUUUCUGAACGACCUCUCAAUGGAAAUCGGAAACCGUUUAACAGUCCGGACAUAAUCAACAUCGGCAAGCAAACAUUGGCUGCAAAAUCAAACGAGGCGUCACCAGAAUCCGACCAACCUAAAUCUUCAUUACAUUCUACUGGAAAUGCAAAGGGAGCUCCCAGAUUCCCAAAUGCAUACCCGAGGAGUCCAGGCGAUCAUAACAGGACAUUAAAUCAAGAAGCACCUCGCGACUCGUUCAUGCCAGCGUUGCCACCAAAUUUCUACGAGUUGAACAAAACAGCCAAGGAGACAGAUAUUGUUGAUUCGAAAAGCGACCAUUUUCACGAAUACUCGACGCCCGAAAAGUUCACGAAAAACAAUUUCUCACAACAAAGUAAUGACGAUUUGUACAGUGAAGUGUAGUUUGAAACAAUCACGACACCUAAGGAGAAUAGCUAAUUUAGAAAUUUCACGCGACUUUCAGUUGGCGGCUGCUGCAAAAAAAGACGUCUUUCAUGCUAUUGGAACAAGGUGCUUCAAAAUCAUCAUAUCAAGACAACCGAAACACCAACCAAGGUACUCUUCGAGCCCCGCAUGCAUUAAUCAAAACUGAGUGAUGUGACAAGCAAAUUUUAUUUACUGAAAAGCAGUUGCUGAAAAAAAUUAUGCGCUCUAAUGAAUAAUUUGAUCAAUUAUAAUGAAAUACGACGAUAGAUAAAAUUCGAAAUAAAUUUGUGUAAUUAAAAUUAACCCCAUGAAAAAUG